AUGUCCCUCAGGUCGGACAUCGCGAUUGAGCCGCUCAACAUUGGCGUGCGCAGCAUCGGAUUUCAGCAAGUCAAAGUGCAGGCGAAGAAUAACGAGGGCACUUUGGUCCUGGCACCAUCACCAUUGUCGCCGACGAGGGCGGUUUGGCAUGAGCGAGCAGACGUUUACGUCGUUGUCAACAAUGAGUGGCAUCAGCUGGAGGCCGACCGGCGUUUCGAAGCAGGCUCGCACCUACUGGCAUGGCGAUUGAGAGUACCAAACUCGCUACCCUCGAGCGGCGAAAGCUGGCUGGCGAAGGCAUCCUACUCAAUCGUAGCAUCCUCGACGGCCACCUCUACCUCCUGGCUCCGGGGCUCCGAGCAAGCAUCAGCCAGCAGAGACCUGUUGCUCUGCUCCCACCCAUCGAACUCCGGCCCCGCGGGUCUCAAUCCCGUCGACUACACGAUGCGACCUUCUACAGAGCUCAAACCUUUGAAAUGUAGUGCGCGACUCUCAACGGCGAAUUGCAGAUUUGGGGGAUGUUUCACCAUUGCCGGUCAAUUGUAUGUCCCGAACAGCGCAGAGGCUAUCGAGCUUGUCUCGGUGCAGCUCAAGCUGGAGCAGCAUUGGAUAAUUCGCACUCAAGUCGAAACGGAGGGCACCGAUCAAGUCUCGCAGUUGGUCGUUGACGAGUUACGUCGCUGGACAGGGACCGCACGAGGAAAGUCUCAGGAGUCUCAGCAACCGCAAGUCCGCGCGGCUCCGUCGCCUGCCAGCCUCAAGGAUACCCUCAGCGAGGACACUGACUCAAGCGCGGAUCCGGCUCUUCAUUUCUCCUUUUCAUCGCACUUCCCGUCUGGAGCGGAGAAGGGCCAGAGCGGCUUCUAUGCAAUGACGCUGGACUUCACGCGCGUGUCCGUGCGCUUUCGACAUACUCUCACUUGUCGGCUGACCCUAAUCCUGCAGGGCCAAGAACGCGAAGUGGUAUUCGAGGUCGAGCCGACUAUUGUUGCCAAUGAUCUAAGCACUAACAACCUCUUGGUCCCUGCGUACUCUGCAACGGCAUGA